UGGGAAUGAAAGUGUCUGGAAAUUCAAAAGACACAAAACAAAAGCAACGAAACUACCAAGUAAUUCAUAAGAGAGUCAAAUCGAUAGCCGUCUAAUGCUAUUUAUAGUCAUUUUCUGUGGAAUUUAUUUGGCAAGAACAAAUGCAUCAUUUUAGGGGACUCAUAAGCAAACUAAUUUCAUCCUUUGCCUCUGAAAAAAGGCUGAAGAAAGAGCAGUACUAUUUGAAGAAUGGAAGUGCAGUGCUAGAGGAGCUUAUUGCUUUAUGCGAUGGAAAAAGCCGAAUUCCCCUUCGUUACUUCAGCGCCAUAGAAAUCGAGAGGGCAAUCAAACAUUCAGAAAAAUCAUUAUACACCUGCCAAAGACAUAUGGUAAAAGGCUUACUAGACAAAAGCAUUGUUUUGGUUAGCUUCGCGUACACUACUUUCGUUGCAAAGUCCAACGAUAUAUGUCACGAUAUAGCAAUUACUUCUCAGAUGAGUCAUCUUAAGAACGUGCUUAAACUUAUUGGUUGUUGCCUAGAAUAUGCAGAACCUGUUCUAGUGUAUGAAUAUGUUGAGGCUAUAACUCUUGAUGAUUUACUUUUUCAUAAGGGUUAUUAUUAUAAUCAUGCUAGAAAUUCAUUAUCUUGGGAAAGUAGAUUGCGGAUUGCCAAUGCGAUUGCUUCAGCAAUUCUUUAUCUCCAUAGUGAAUUUACUACGCCCAUUAUUUAUGUAGACCUGCACUCACAAAAGGUGUUAAUAGAUCAGAGCAGUGGAGUUGCCAAACUAUUUGACUUUUCAUUGUCCAUAGCAUUGCCUCCAGGAGAGUUGGAAGUAGAUGCUCAAGGUGUGCGCGGAACAUGUGGUUAUUCAGAUCCAGAAUAUGCCUGCUCGGGUAUUGUCACUCAAAAAACUGACGUCUUCGGUUUUGGAGUUAUUCUCUUUCAACUAUUGACCGGAAAGAGAGCGCUUAUUGUUAAUGGCGAGAUGAGAGACUUAGACAAUGUGUCCAAUAUUGAAGAGUGUAAUGUAAUGGAUAUAGCGGAUCCUGCCAUUUUGGCCGAAGAGCGUGGAACAGAUAUUCAACAACAAUUGGAUGACUACUUAGAUCUUGUUAAGAGAUGCACACUCUCGAAGGGUGACGAUAGACCAUACAUGAUUGAUGUUGCAAAGGAAUUACGUCGAAUUGAGAAGUGUUUUCGUGCCCUCACUCAAGGUUUGAAUUAGAAAAUAGUACUCUAAAACUCAAUUGCACUUCACUCAUGUAAUUGUAAUUGUGAAUUUGUGACUAAUACUUGAAAGGCACAACUUCAAUCA